AGUGCCCUCUGUGUGCCCAGGACUGCUGAUUUUUCAUUUCCAAAUUUGGCAAAUUUCACUUGGACAAGACAGCUGCUCCUGGAGUAGAUUCUGACAGGGGAAUGGGCUGGGCAGGAGGUGAGAGCCAAUCAGGGGUGGACCAAGUUCCCUGAGGACACCAGCUGCUCUCUUGUACUCCCCCUCCUGUUCCCUUCCUGCUUUUUCCCACCUGUUCCCCUUCUCUUUCCUCCUCUCCAGCAGUCGCUCACGGCUCCCCAGCUGCUCUGCUGCCAGGAGACCUGCAGGGGCCUCCAUGGCUUCACCCACUUCCACCAACCCAGCUCACGCCCACUUUGAGAGCUUCCUGCAGGCCCAGCAGUGCCAGGAUGUGCUGAGCAGCUUCCAGGGGCUAUGUGAGGCCCUGGGGCUGGAGCCUGGUGGCGGUCUGCCCCAGUACCACAAGAUCAAGGCCCAGCUUAACUACUGGAGUGCCAAGUCGCUGUGGGCCAAGCUGGACAAGCGAGCGAGCCAGCCUGUCUACAAGCAGGGCCAGGCCUGCACCAGCACCAAGUGCCUGGUGGUGGGCGCUGGACCUUGUGGGCUGCGUGCUGCUGUGGAGCUGGCACUGCUGGGGGCUCGUGUGGUGCUGGUAGAAAAGCGCUCCAAGUUCUCUCGCCACAACGUGCUCCACCUCUGGCCCUUCACCAUCCAUGACCUGCGGGCACUGGGUGCCAAGAAGUUCUAUGGACGCUUUUGCACCGGCACCCUGGACCAUAUCAGCAUCCGGCAGCUUCAGCUGCUUCUGCUGAAGGUGGCAUUACUGCUGGGGGUGGAAAUUCACUGGCGCGUUGCCUUCACUGGCCUCCAGCCCCCUCCCAGAAAGGGAAGUGGCUGGCGUGCCCAGCUCCAGCCCAGCCCCCCUGUCCAGCUGGCCAACUAUGAAUUCGAUGUUCUCAUCUCAGCUGCAGGAGGCAAAUUCGUGCCCGAAGGCUUCACAGUGCGAGAAAUGCGCGGCAAACUGGCUAUUGGCAUCACGGCCAACUUUGUGAAUGGACGCACCGUGGAGGAGACGCAGGUGCCCGAGAUCAGUGGUGUGGCCAAGAUCUACAACCAGAGCUUCUUCCAGAGCCUGCUGAAAACCACAGGCAUUGAUCUGGAAAAUAUUGUGUACUACAAAGAUGACACCCACUACUUCGUGAUGACGGCCAAGAAGCAGUGUCUGCUGCGGCUGGGAGUGCUGCGUCAGGACUGGCCGGAGACUGAUCGCCUGCUGGACAGUGCCAAUGUGGUGCCCGAGGCUCUGCAGCGCUUUGCCAGAGCGGCUGCUGAUUUCGCCACCCAUGGCAAGCUCGGGAAGCUGGAGUUUGCCCAGGAUGCCCGUGGGCAGCCUGACGUCUCUGCCUUUGAUUUCACAAGCAUGAUGCGGGCAGAGAGUUCUGCUCGUGUGCAAGAGAAACAUGGCGCUCGCCUCCUGCUGGGACUGGUGGGGGACUGUCUGGUGGAGCCCUUCUGGCCGCUGGGCACUGGAGUGGCCCGGGGCUUCUUGGCAGCCUUUGAUGCAGCCUGGAUGGUGAAGCGGUGGGCAGAAGGCGCUGGGCCCCUGGAAGUGUUGGCUGAGCGCGAGAGCCUAUACCAGCUCCUGUCACAGACAUCCCCAGAAAACAUGCACCGAAAUGUGGCCCAGUAUGCCCUGGACCCAGCCACCCGCUACCCCAACCUGAACCUCCGGGCUGUAACUCCCAAUCAGGUCCGAGACCUGUAUGAUGUGGUGGCCAAGGAGCCUGUGCGGAGGAAGAUUGAUGAGACGGACUCGGGGAAGCCAGCCACUGGUGCCCAGGAGGAGCUACUACGCUGGUGCCAGGAACAGACGACUGGGUACCCAGGAGUCCAUGUCACCGACCUAUCUUCGUCCUGGGCUGACGGGCUAGCUCUGUGUGCCCUGGUACCCCGGCUGCAGCCCAGCCUGCUGGAACCCUCUGAGCUGCAGGGGGUGGGGGCUCUGGAGGCCACAGCUCGGGCGCUGAAGAUGGCAGAGCAUGAGCUGGGCAUCACGCCGGUGUUGUCUGCACAGGCUGUGGUGGCAGGAAGUGACCCACUGGGCCUCAUCGCCUACCUCAGCCAUUUCCACAGUGCCUUCAAGAGUGCAUCACAUAGCCCAGACCCUGCCAGCCAAACCUCCCCAGGGACCUCCAGUGCCAUACUAUUCCUUGGCAAACUCCAGAGGACUCUGCAACGGACCCGUUCCAAGGAAAAUAGAGAAGAUACCGGUGGCAAGAGGGCUCGCUUGGAGGCAGAGACUGAGACCCCAAGUACUGAGGAGCAACCUGUCCCAGAGUUUGGUGUACCCCAGGUAACCCCAUCUCAACCCCAGGAGGCCGAUUCAGGGGACCUGUGUGCACUCUGUGGGGGGCACCUCUACGUCCUGGAACGUCUCUGUGCAGAUGGCCAUUUUUUCCACCGGAGCUGCUUCCGCUGUCAUAUCUGUGAGGCCACGCUAUGGCCAGCUGGCUAUGGACGGCACCCAGGAGACGGACAUUACUACUGCCUCCAGCACCUGCCCCAGCCAGGCCACAAAGAGGAUGGCAGUGACAAAGGUCCCGAGACUCCGGUAACAACUGUGGAAGAGCUUCCCCUACCAGGUGAGAAUUGCAUGCCACCAAAUCCCUCGACUCCCACAGCCCCACAGGAGGGAGCCAGUCCCGUUCCAGUUCCUAGCCAGCCCACCCGUCGGCUGAUCCGCCUCUCCAGUCCAGAACGCCAGCGGCUGUCCUCCCUUAACCUAUCCCCUGACCCGGAAAUGGAGCCUCCACCCAAGCCCCCUCGCAGCUGCUCCGCCUUGGCCCGCCAUGCCCUAGAAGGCAGCUUUAUGGGUUGGGGCAUACCAAGCCAGAGACCUCAAGAUCUUGUAGUCAUAGAGAAAGAGGAAGAGGGUCUCUCCUCCAGUGAAGAGGAAGAAGAGGAAGAGGAUGUAGCUUUGGACUCAGACAUGGAGCAGGCCCUGCUGAUCUUGGCCAAGAACUCGCCUACCACGAACAAGUACCCAACAUGGCACCGGACUCUGCUGCGCCGUGCUAAGGAAGAGGAGAUGAAGAGGUUCUGCAAAGCCCAGUCCAUCCAACGGCGACUAAAUGAGAUCGAGGCUGCUCUGAGGGAGCUGGAGGCUGAGGGCGUGAAGCUGGAGCUGGCCAUGAGGAGACAGAGCAGUUCCCCAGAGCAGCAAAAGAAACUGUGGUUAGAACAGCUGCUGCAGCUCGUUCAGAAGAAAAACAGCCUGGUGGCUGAGGAGGCUGAGCUCAUGAUCACAGUGCAGGAGCUGAACCUGGAGGAGAAACAGGGGCAGCUGGACCGGGAGCUACGAGGCUACAUAAACCGGGAAGAAACCCUGAAGACAGCUGCGGAUCGGCAGGCUGAGGCCCAGGUCCUGCAGAAGCUGGUGGACGUGGUGAACCAGCGAGAUGCCCUCAUCCGUUUCCAGGAGGAACGCAGGCUUAGUGAGCUGGCCUUGGGGACAGGGGCUCAGGGCUAGAAGGGGCAGUGGAGGGCUGCCUGCUGUUUUCGCUAUAAAGAAAGACAAUCUUACCCCAGGACAGUGCCACCUCUGAGCAUCUGGGCUGCCUGGGAGAAGGCUUCACUGUUUAUAUAAUAAAAGUGUUUCUACCAUAAA